AAAAAAGAAAAAAAGAAAAAAGAAAUAAGAAGCUAUUCUACAAAUAUAUAUAAUCAAUCAUAUAAAAUAAUUCUAAUCAUAUACGUUAGGUUAGGAACAGCGGCUAAAGAGAUUACCAAUUCACAUAAUUUCAAAUUUUUUUCUAUGAUUGAUUAUGUUGUCAAUUUUGUGUUUAUAGAAUUAUGAACUCAAAAAUAAAUAAAUAAAUAAAUCCAACACAGCCUUUUUUUCUUAUUUACUCCUCAUUGUCGUGGUGUCUAUGAGUUAAACAGACCGACCAAAUAAUUUUCUAAGUCAACCCUCCAUGUUAUUCAUUUUUUUUUAAAAAAAAAAUUUGGCUACAAAUUAAAGAAGAAUUGCAUCAAGCUUUGAUAUGUAAAAACGCAAACAAUUGGACUUGAGAGGAGAGGAGGAAGAUGGCGCCACCACCCUCCACCGUGGUUUCGCUGGUGGUCACUCUUAUGUUGAGAGUUCUUACGUUCAUUUUCUUGUUAAUUUCGCUGAUCACCUGGCCACCAACAACGCCAUCUUAUCUACCAAUAUCGCCACGAUCAAGAUCAGAUUUAGUGAUAUUUAUGCUUACAAUGACAGGUGCUGCAGCUGGUUUUGGAGCAACAAUAGAUUUGAAGUCAGUGCUGGAGGGGAAUGGCUCCAGCCUUGACCCCUUUUUCAAUAAGGGUAACGCAGCUGCGAGCCUGCUCCUCCUUGGUUUCUUGGGCACCGCUGUGUUGUCAAUUUUAUCAUCUUUAGCUCUUCCUAAGAGAGGCUAUUAACUACUGCUUCACAGCAAAUAUAAUUAGUAAGUAUCAAUUCCAUGGAAGAUUUUACUUUGAAGGUUUUUUUUUUUUUUUCCCUGGUUUAUGUGAACUUGGUUUAGAGCUUGCUGUGAAUAUCAUAGUAAAUAAUGGGUAUUUGUGUUCAACUACAUGUAACUUAAUUCGAUAACUGCUUUCAAUAUAUAGCAAAAUAAAUUAAUUGAAUCAUCAAAAUAAGUCUCGUGGUAAAGAUACAAGACCCGAAUUGCACACCGUCUGUUUGUAGAAAUGCUUCGGACAUGCUCUCCCUUCCAAUUUGAAUAAAAGAUUAAGCAAAAAUGGGACUGAUGAGCGGUAGAAUGAAAUAGAAAGGGUUGUUAUGACAUAUGAGAAACCUACUAACCAUUUUGACUUCCAUUCCAUAUCAGGUAAUACAUGUGUUGAAGAUCCAA